AUGCUUGAAACCGCGUCCGCCUCGCGGCUGAUGGUGCUCCCAAGCCUGCCGAUGGACCUCCUGCCAAGCAUCUGCUCGCACUUGCGCGUGCGCGACCUCAUGGGAGGUGCGUGGAUCGGCGAUCUUGGCGUGGCGGCACCGCGCCGCCGCAGCUCCCGUGCCAACGACAUGCUGCUGGGCUCAGCUGAGCGUCCGUUGAUGCUGGGCCCUGACCACCCAGAUUUUCCGAUCCCAAACAUGUUCAUGUUUCGCCCGGUGCAGCGCACCGUUCUCUCGGUCGCCGAGUUUGAAGAGGCGGUCGCCGCAGCCGAUCCCUUUGACACCAUCUGCAUCGCGGCCGACCUGAGCUUCACUCAGGCGGACAUCGACUGCGGCAUCUCCUCACUACAGAAGCCGCUGCGCCUCAUCGGAGCCGAUGUUGAGGCGCACGCUGAGGGUCACAGAUUCGACAACGCUCCCGGUAUCGCUCUGGUCAAUCUGACGAUUUUCGCUGGCAACAUUGACGUGGCCGUGGAGCCCAUCUGUGAAGAGGCGGUCUUUCCCGCCCUCCAGAUUCAAUGGGGCGCGGUACAUCCCGAGGCGGUGCACGGGAGCUUUUAG